UUGGUCCCAGCAGUGAGCGCAUCUGAAGCCCAGUUCAUGCAGAAACAGGGUGUACAGGAUGGGGCUGCCCAUUCUGCCAACGUUUUACGGUCCUCCAGUUUGGUGGGUGGUUUUUCUCCUGGUGGCGCAAUGGGCAGGAACAGCCUAUAGCUGUCCCCAAAACUGCACCUGUGAAACGUGGAAGAUGAACUGCACCAACCAGGGCUUGACAGAAGUGCCAAAAAACAUCUCCCCCGUGACCCGGCACCUCAUUCUGCGCCUAAACCUCAUCGAAGCCCUGCCGAUAUUGGACCUGACCGUUCUCAACGAACUGGUCUACCUGGAUUGCAGCCACAACCUGAUCACCAUGAACGAGAUGUACCAGUUCCCUUUCGUGGAGAAGCUGUCUUACUUGGACCUGAGUUACAACAAAAUCUCCCACCUCAACAGCCGGACGUUCUCCCGGGUGUCCAAUCUGCUGCUGCUCAAUCUGUCCUACAACCCGACGAUGAAGGUGAUCAACCCCCACUCCUUUGAUCACAACCGCUUGCUGCGAUACGUGGACAUGAGCAGCUGCAACCUGAGCCUGCUCAGUGCCGAACUGUUCCGGGAUCAGUACAACCUCCACCGCUUGGGGCUGAGCAACAACCCCUUUAUCUGCGACUGCAAUUUACUGGAAUUCAUCAACUGGCUGCUCAAGCCCAAAGUGAAUUGGGACAUCAUCGAUCCAGAAAAUACUGCUUGCAAGGAGCCUUCGAUACUGAAAUUUGUGCCGAUCCUACAAGCUGAAGAAUUUCUCCAUGAACAAUGUCUGCAAGAGACUAUUUUAGUGGAUCACGCAAGGACAGCUUUGUACACCGUCGGCUUCUUCGUGGGAGGAACUUUAGCCGCCUGGGUGUUGGGGGUGAUAUCUGUGAUUUUUUACCACCCUAUAUUUAAACGGGUGGACGAGUUGGAUGAAGAGCGAGAGUACAUAGGGAUUUAUAAAGAGUCUUUUGGGCAUUGACAUGUUAUGCAAAAAGAACCUCGUUCCAACUUUGGGCGUUGAUUGCAACAUGUCAUUGCAAAAUUGCGAAA